UGUUCUCCAUGUUUGACAACUGGUGCAGAGCGUAUGUGUUGGUGAGAUAAUUUUGUUGCCGUCUGAAUCGAUUCCACGUCAGGGAAGUGUUUACAUUCUGUAUUUUCUAUUGGGCUACAAAACGCCGGCGCUCGUAAAAAUGGCGGUAUCGACGACAGUUUCGCUAGUGCUGGCUUCGCUCUCAGCUGUGCUUAUUUUUUCGGGCAUGCAAAUGUAUCGGCCCUUGUUGGCCUCCUCCCAAAUUGCUACAAUCUUCGGUGGGUACCUCGGAUCGUGGCUUUUUAUUCUGUCCCUGACCGCGGUGUCAAACCUAGAAGCGGUCGUGCUAGGCUACGGAUUUCAGGCUAAAUUCUUUCCGGAAGUUUCGUUCUGUCUGAUUGUGGCACUGUUUGCAUGCGGUAUGGUACAUCGCGUUUGUGUCACUUCGUGCGUACUCUUUUCGAUUGCUGCGCUUUACUACGUUAACAAAAUAUCGCACAAAGUACACAACGUUUCGGUACAGGUGGAUAGCUAUGCUGGAAAGAAAAAGAAAAAAUGAAGAAGCUCCAUUACGCGGGCUCCAUCUAAGGGCAGGAAUGCAAUUUUGAAUGUUCAUCACUUAGGUUUAACAUUUAAUGCUGUUUGUGAAGCGAACAGUCAAAGCGAAAUAAUAUACUAAUAAACAAUGAACAAAACUGAAAA